AAAAAGGUUAAAGAGUAUACGGGUCGAUUGUUUUGAAACUACCAUCCAAUGUAGUUUUUCAAAUAAAACAUUCUGAUGCUGCUUGCGACAGUGUAAAGAGGUUCGUUUCUCAUUACUGCUACAUCUUUGUUCGAAAGCAUCCGACUGUUUAUUCGUAUCCCAGCCGUCUAAGAGAGACGAUCAGUCGAAUUGGAUGCUGCAGUGAAAAGCACAAGAAACGUUAGUCGGUUUCUCCCAAUUCUGGAAGCAUGGUUUCUAAGCUGUUUGGAUCAAAGUGAUGAAAGUGAAUAAUGCAAAUACCUGCAGAAUAAAAAAGUGAAACCGCUCGAGCGUUCAACAGUUUUAACGGACAAUAAGGAUAAUCGUGGUGUACCAUAAUUGGAUUGUAAUAAUUGUCUAUGCAAUAACAUCUUGUUUUUUGAUUUGAUUAUUAGUUUAAAAUGCACAACUGGCGUUCCAUCAUUUUGCAAAUAUGUAUUAUAAUCACGUGCUAUACUCUUUUGAAUGUAUGCUCAAUGCGUCUCACUAUGCCAGCUCGUAUGCUAGCAGUACAAGCAGGUGCUACACGUUUCCAAGAAUAUGCAGAAGAGGAGAAACAUCUCGGUAGGAGUGAACAGAAAACGGUUCAAAAACGAUUUAUUCUUAACAGCGCCGAUAGCAAUCCAGACAACUAUCAGGGCGUUGUUGGGCGUCCCGGUGUUGAUUUCCCUAUUCUGACAAGGAUUCCAAACACAGAAUUCAGCUGCCAAAACCACGGGAAUGGAUACUUUGCGGAUCUUGACACAAAAUGUCAGGUUUUCCACAUAUGCGAUGAAGGAAAAAAGAUAUCAUUUUUGUGUCCUAAUGGUACGAUAUUUCGACAAUUGGAUCUUAUUUGUGAUUGGUGGUUCAAAGUGGAUUGCACAGCGGCACCGAAUCAUUAUGCGGAAAGUUCGGAAAUGCUGGCACAAGCACAGCGAGCUAGAGUUCAAAGUAAGCAUCCGGUAACCCAGCCAAUCAAAUCCCCUGAGCAAUUUUCGCUGAACAUACAACGCAAACAUGCUUUAUUGAGUAAUUCAUUCGGCCCAAAUCUAGAGGCAUUGGCAAUUAAUAGACGUAUGGACUCAAGCGUAGAACAUUCAAAUGAAAGUAUUGACUUUGAAGAUAUAUCUAUAAAGCAAAACAACUUUAAAAGGAAGAACUGGGCUGCCGGAUAUGUUCAAGCCAGUUCCAAAGAAAUACAAACUGCUGCCGAAACAGGUUCAUUCGUACGAGCAGCUAAACUAUUGAAUGGUUAUAAUUAUCCAACGCCAGACAAAAAAUUGAACAAUUUGAAUUUAAAGAACGACGGAUCAGGACUUAAUCAAUCCGCCAAAGUCGUUAGUAGACUGGAGAAAAAUCAGUUUGCAGUAUCUAGAACUCCCAAAAUUUUCGAAAAAACUUUGAAUGAGUUUAGCACUAAGAACUCAUUGGCAAUUGAUGCAAAGCCGUUUAUCGUUCGUGCCACUGAAUCGUCGACUGUAGUUACGUCUACUUCUUUGAAACAAUCUUUACUAACUGGCACUGUUGCAUCAAUGAUCAAUCGUGGAAGCACAACGUAUCAAACCAGUACAUUGAAUCAAAAAAGCAAUCGCAAACCAAAUAUCUAUUCAGACAUCAACCAUUCACCAGAUUCAGAAUCUAUAAAAGAAAAUUUUAACCAACAGCAAUACACAACAGCGAGGAAACUCAGUACAAAAACGAAAGAUAAACCCUUUUAUACUCCAACGAUUCCAACAGUGACAAAUAGAAUUGUGACCGAACAAAAGACUCCAGUAAAUCCAACCAUUGAAGCUGUUGCUGGUGCAUCUGAGCAUGCUAUCGAGAUGAUGAAAACAUUACAAAAUCUUGAAAUGCCAGGACUUGAGAACAGAUCAGCAGUGGAAAUCCCACCAUCUUCCGGACCAAGUGUGUUGCAUUCCUUAGCUCUCUAUUUUGCUAGUAACUCAGGGAAUAAUGACACAUCAGCUACCGUACCUGUGAGGACCCGAGCCAACACAGACAAAUCACAAUUAGCGAAUAAUCAGCACUCAGUAACCCUACUCAGUCAUAGAACAUUGACUAAAUACCAACAGUUAUUCAACCCAGUGACUCCAAGUGCAACAACAGAAAGUCUGGAUAUCGAAACGCGCUUAGAAGAUGACACAGGCAAUGAUCUGGAACCCCAUUUCUCAACGCAUUCACUUUUUAGUACCACCGGAUCCUCACAAAUCCGGGAACUAGCUCAAGUAUUUACUCAUGCAUUAUCCGCGUAUCUACAGAACCCAGAAUCAUUCCGUCGUAUUUUGUCCGAUAUACGACCGAAAGCUCCUCCACAAUUAAUUACAUCUAAUCGUAUUGACAACAAUAUGCUCAGAGAUGAUGAUAUUUCUGCAGAACACGCGUCUUACUUUUCUUCCAACGAACAAAUUACGCCAGCUCCUCAAACAACAUUGAAUGAUGAGUUGGAAGUACUCGAUUUCUCCGAUGUAACGCUACCAACAACUGUCAAAAGAGAAAUUACUUUCGGAAACACAGACGUCACGACGGAAACCCCCUUUACAACAACUGUUUAUCCUGUACUUGCAUAUGCAAAUAGUAGCGAGCAGCUAACAAGGACUCCGGCUUCAGCGUUGAUUUCCGAAAGUUUGGAAGCUUAUGCGUCAGCUUACAGAGAACGUCAAUCAAAAGAAAUAAAAAUGCGCAGUCAAUCCGAUGACAAAAAUGACCUUGCAGACGAAGUAAACAAAGAAUUGGGUGCUAUAAAACCGCUCAAAUUCAAAGCUAUUGAAAGUAUUGAGCAAACUUCGGAUAGUUUAGAUAAUUCAAGUUAUUUCCCGAUGUCUAAUCAAUUUAAUAAUCAUCGUUCUCCAUCGUCAUACGGCAAGGGGGUCAAGCCUGCAAAUAGUGUCCCGAUUUUUGAUACUUACCCAACAGCUUUAUCGGAUGUACAGGCCGUGCCACUACUAUGGGGCGAAAAACUUUCUGCGCAAACAACUACAACAGCUUCUUCUCCAACUGUCUACAUCGAUCUAUUGCCACCACAUUUUGAAAAUUCAAAUUUAUUAGUUUCACCGUCAGCUGGGGAUGCACUAUCAGACGAUGACGAACAACUACAACGAGCUCAGAGCCAGUCAGUUGUUCUCAGUCGGAAUGAUAUUAAUAGCAACAAGAAGUCAACGACUAAGUACAGUUUUUUGAGCCUAGAUGAAGCCGUUGAACGGAAGAACAAUAUAACGUUUGCUGACUCAGUUGUUGUGGAAGACAACGCUACACCAAGUACAACACAAGGACAUUAUAUCACAAAACAAUUUCGAAGCGAAAGUGAAUAUUCGACCACUCUUCCCGAAGAAUUGGUUACGUCUACUAUUCCUGAUAUAGGUAAAAUAAGUUCCAACUCUCGAUCAACGCUUUCAUAUGCGGUAUUUCUUAACCCACUUACCAUAAAUGACGAUUUAUUGAAUAUAGACGGAGUAGAUGAAACUACGGUUUCGAAUACUGAACCUUAUCUUUCAAGGAUCAAUACUAAAACGACAACUCCCAAUACAAGUCCCGUUACGCCAACGACUAUACUGUUUAGAAAUUCAAAUGUUGUUUCCAGUAACACUACCGAUAUGAAGAAUAAACUGAAUGAGAGAGAAAGUAACGAAAAUGAAGUCAUGGAAACAAUGCAGAAAAAGGCAAAUCAAAUGUUUGGCGAUUUGAAUGAUUCUGAGGCUGAUCAUCUCAUGAACGUUAUGAAAAAGGCAGACACAAAUAAAUCUGUGCGACGGUUAAUUCUAUUGCUGAUACAAACAUGUGACGAUGACUUUAACAGGACAGUAGAAGAUUCCAGAAGAACGCUACUGAAUGCGUUGAUAAAUAUGGAUAGCAACGAAAACGAGAGUAGCGAAAUUCGCAUCGUAAAGUCGAAAACCAGCAGAAGUAGAAGUGUAGAAACUGAUACAAAAGAGCAUCCUACAAAUUCUCAUCAGUAUGAAAAACUCAGAGACACAACGACCGACAUUAACGUAAUCAAUAGAGAUAAUUUUGAAAGCAGCGAAACAACUUCGAUACAGAGCCAUACAGAUGCAAAAUCGACCUAUUUGGACAAUCUGAUCGAAACUACGACCAACCCGUUCACCAGUGAGGAAGUAGAAACAACCACUACAACAAACAUCAACUUUCCAGAACAAUAUACCACACCAAAUAUAUUAACAACUGAUUAUGACACAACAAUAACUAUAUUAACAACCACCGAAAUUCCAACUACCACCGAUUUUUCCACUACAUCGUCCCUGGACAGGUCGAUAGAAAAGACAUCCACCAUCCCGACGUUUAUUUCCCAGAUACAAUCUAAUGUUGGUGAUCGUAUACAGAAGAGCCUAGGAAGUAGUAUAGAAUAUGUUUCAGAAUUGAAACGACAAGUAUCCAAUCAACACUCCGACACGAGGGCACUGGAAUUACUCAGAUCGCUGUAUUCACUGGCAUCGAGAUGGGGUUGAACAUGACUUAAACCCUUGCGUUUCAUCAUAAGACAUGUUCCCUAGCAUUGAAUAGAAAUAUACCAAUCAGGAUUGCUUAAAUUAUUUUUCAUUAAAUUGUUACUCGAUAUCAACACAUACGCCAUAUUUAUUUUACUAGAUUUAAUAUUUCAUUAUAGUUCACUGUAUAAAUAUAACAAAACGGGGUUCGUUGCUGGAUUAUUUUUUCAAUAUGUUGUAAGGUCCAUAAAAAGAAAUAAGGCCACAUCACAUUGUAUGGUAACUAUCAUCGUAUCAAUUGUGAAAUUGUAUAUUUGAAUGAUGAAUAUAUUGUGAAAUACGAAAAAAAACAUCAACUCCAAUAUUAGCUUCCAUUAUUUGGUCCCUGUCGUUUGCAUAAAAUUAUAUAAACAGCAAAAAAAAUUACUAAUGCAUACUAACAGCAAACAAACUUUCAUUAUUAGCUCGUAUACUACUAUUAGGCCUCUUGCAUGUUUCAAAACAGAAAUUGUAUGAUAGCGUAUUAACACAAAUCAACAUGUAUGCAAAUAAAUUGUAAAAUAUAAAAUAUUAUACAAAUGUGUUCAUAAUUAUGGGACCGGUGAUCACACGAACUUAGAGGUAUUUCUUACGUUGUGAAGAAAUGAGGAGUAAACGUAAUUGUAAAUAUAGAGUCCACAGCAACAAGCUUUGCUACAUAUCCUGAAAAAAAAACAUCAAACAUUGUACAGAUACAAUAUUUUGAUAGUUAGCAAAACAUUUUUGAGAUAACACGAUCUUAAGUUGUUGUAUGAAGUAUAUGAGGAGUUUCUUGAUAAGUUGAAAUAAUUGAGGAAGAUCAUUUCCAUGCAGAAUGGUGGUAUUAAGAUGUUUGUGAACAACAAUUUGAAGCAAAUGCCAUACGCAAACUCAUUUGAUUUGUCAGUUUUCUACCAAUUUGCGAAACAUGCAUCACAAACUCAAAUGAAUUGACUAUAUUUAAGUAUUUCACUGUUAAACUAAACAUCAAAAAAAUAUUUUAUAUUGGGACCUUGAACAAUUUUUACUGGUUUUCAUGGAAAAAAUAUAAUUUUUUAAAAUCAUGAUAGACAAGUAUCGUCUAUCGCGUCGGUAAAACAACUUUUUUUUUCUUCAUGCUUAACAUCAAACGUCAUCUAUAAAACAUAGAUAAUCAUUUUGUGAAUCAUCAAUUUUGGAUAUCUCGAACUGAACUCAAGCUUAUUUACAAAACUGACCCAAAAGAUCCCCCAGCGUCGAGAUAUCUGUACUAACUUACUCAAGCUCCCAAUAUUCAUACAGGAUUUUGUAAAUACAGUCAAUAUAGCCUGAAAUUUAUCUUAAUAAAU